CUGUGACUCUGUGGUCAAAGGACGUGUGAUACUGUGAUAAUGUGUAAAUACAAUACGACAAAAUAGUAAAUAGGUACCAAAAUUGAAAAUAAUUAAGUAUUAUAGUUUAUUGUCCAAUAAUUUAUUUACCGACCUUUUCGAAUCUCGACAACUUUGAAUCUCACCCUUCAGACGCCCGAGUUCACAAUGUACUGUAAUCUGAAUUAGUUUUUUCGAUGGAAUUCAAAGGUGCGCGUUUUAUCGGGAUUUGUGCCGACGAAAUUGCCAAUUGGUCAUGAACGACGAACAAGUUGGCUUUAACUUGGCCGAUCUUAGAAAGCUUUGCAAGUCGUACAUUGAUUAUACUCGCACAUAUAUGGAUCGCAAGGAAGUCAGGCGCAUCAACAGGCAGCGAUCUUCGUUGGACAACUUCGUGUUCCAAUUUUCGUCGGAAGUGGUGGACUUUAGCUCUCAAUAUGGUAGCGAUAUUAGCAUAUCUUACACGGCCAGUAAUGUCACCGGCAGGCCAAGCAAGUUUCCCAACUACGGAGACUUUCCCCAGUCUUAUGUUAUGCGAACUUAUGGACCUUGGAGAGAAUUAGCACCAUCUCGAAAAUGUCCAAUAAUGCCACAAAAUGCUGGAAGAAUAAGAAGCGAAGAUUAUAUAAUAUUAUCAUUUACAAUACCAGUCAUUCCUCUGGUCAUCUCCAUAUUUGAAACUUUUACUCCCGGGUCUGUAGUACGAAUAUCCGGCAAAGUUAUUGAUCUUCCAGAUACGAUGGCAUGGAGAUUACUUUGGGAAGGACUGCCCCAGAACUGUAAUGGCAUGAGACAUUCUCGUUUGUUUGCUCCAAAAUUAAAACACAUAAAGGAACUGGUCAAAGAGAUAUGCAUUGAGUUUAAUCAUUCCCAGUUGGAUUAUUAUACCGAGUUAGAUGCUGUAUCUAUGGGAGGUAUUUUGAAGUAUCCAGAAAACGGAGAGCUAGACAUUAUGUCUGUACCUAUGGUUACUCAUACUUCCUCAGGAUACGUUUAUGAUAAUAAUGAAGAGCAAAACCAGGAGUUAUUGUCAAAUGUUAGAGUGCCAUCAAUGGCUUCAAAUAUACCUAUAUCAACGAGUCUAGAUCCAUUUUUGAAACUGAUCAAGAAUAUAGAAGAACUUGAAAACGAGUGGCGUAAGGUACCUGCCAUUGAUUACACGUUGCGAUUGCCGAAUGAAUCAUUAAUGCAAAUAUUUUCAUAUCUGGAUUUAAAAUCAUUGCGACUUUGUAUGAGAGUGUGCAAGCGCUUCAACAACAUUUGUACUGAUGGAUAUUUCUACAGAGAAUUAAAUUUAAAACCUUAUUGGUGUUCAUUUUCCUAUUCAAUGCUCAUUUCAUUAGAGCCGUACUGUGACCGGAUGACAAAGUUGGAUUUAUCCUGGUGUGGUAUUACAAAAGGAAUAUUGACCAUACCAUUCAACUUAUUUUUAAAGAGAUGUGGUAGAAAUUUAACUAACUUACGAUUAGACUGUUGUGAGUUCAUCAAUGAUACCACAUUAAUUGCAAUCAACUUAUUUUGUAUAUAUCUGAAAGAAUUGAGUUUAAGAAGUUGCACUUCGAUUAAUUUUGAGCUGAUAUGUCCACCGCAGAGUUUAACAGAAAUGGAGCGUAUGGAUUUUUAUAGAACAAAUAUCAACAUAGAUUAUUUAACUUUUUAUAUAAAGGAUAUGCCCAAGUUGAAGCACAUCAAUCUUGGUUCAUGUAAACGAAUCGAAUGCAUGGAUCAUGUUGCUCAUGAAUUGUCAAUAUGGAACAAGCAACUAGUGUCUGUAGAUUUUUGGAAAAGUUAUACACUGUCUCCUACUGGGCUGCGCUAUUUAACUGUUCUCAAACAACUUGAAGAAAUUGAUCUCGGAUGGUGUUUAGCUAUGAGUAUUCCUGGCGAUAGUCUCUUGGACUUGGUCAAAUCUUGUCCAAAAUUAAAAAAAAUCAUUGUAGUGUCACUACGCGGUGUGUGCGACCGUGAUCUACUAGCGUUUGCUGACUACUGCCCACUGUUGGAACAAAUCGAUUUGGUUGGCCUCAGAGCAAUUACGGUUGAUGCUUGCUCCAAGUUCCUACAGAAAUGUAAAAACCUAAAGUUAAUAGAUGUUAAUUUUUGCGAAAACAUCAAAGAAGAUGAUGUAAAAAAUUGGCGAUUAAAAUAUCCCAAUGUAUGCAUUCAAUUUACUACUUCUGAUCAUUCAAAUGUAUAUCAUUACUAGAUCAUCACAAGAUGUCUUUGACUGAUGAAUGCACGAUGAUGACAAGGCAUUUAACUAUGAAGUUAUUUGUUUAAAAUAAAUUUAAAUUACAUUACAUUAUUUUUCUAUCUAAGAUCUUAUGUAAAAUAAUAUAAUAUUUACAACCCUAAGCGAUAUUAUCCUGUAUAAAUAUAUAUAUUAUAUAUUAAUGUAUAUAGUUUUAUUUUUUCCCUGGAUUUGUCUCUUAAUUCGAAGUAGUGUAUCGCCCGUGGUGUUGGAUUACAAACUUGUAUGUUGUAGGUAAUUGUAUCAGUGAUGAAUUUUUAGAAUCAUUGAAAAUAUUAUCAUGUAUGUGUUACUUUCUUGUCGUUCUGGCCAGGAGUGCCAAGAACGCCAUGAACCGAAAAGCGAUGAUCAAUAGAAAUAAUGAAGCUAUGUCCAUUGUGAGGUUUGACUGGAAAAAAAAAACAAACAAGAAUAGAUUAGAUACGUUCAAAGUCUGUACAUAAUAAAAUAUCAUGGUUGUAGUUAAAGAUAUCUCUGGUGACAAUAAUUAUUCGGUACCAGAUGACCAACGGUUAUGUUUAAUUUUAAUUCAAAA